AUGAACGCACAUGUAUUUCGUCUGUGGUCCGAACGGGAAAAGCCAUAACCCACAGGCUGAGCUAAUAAUUCAACCGCCGGAUCGCCCAAAAGAAUAGCCGCCGUCCACCGCCGUGGCGGCUGGCAAGUUUGAAAUCCUCUCUUUCAUUUUUAACAAGUUUUGUUGUUUCUUGGUCUCCGGUGGAAUUUGUAAAAACCCAGUCUUCACUGGAAAAUGCUUUCGAAACCCUCUGUAUCUUCUGUUCUAAUAGACCGAUUCAACGGCUCCGAUCCAAUCCAUUGUCAGAAAGAGGCUCACAAAUGGUCCAAGGUGCCGGAAUCCGUGGCCGUCUACCAUACUCAUGCGGUGGGGCCCAACCAGACAUGCUCCGCCGUGGUCCAAGAAAUCACCGCCCCCAUUUCCACCGUCUGGUCGGUGGUUCGGCGAUUCGAUAACCCUCAGGCCUACAAACACUUCGUCAAGAGCUGCCACGUGGUCGUAGGCGAUGGAAACGUCGGGACUCUUCGGGAGGUACACGUCAUCUCCGGCCUUCCCGCAGGGUGUAGUACUGAACGCCUUGAGAUUCUGGACGACGAACACCACAUCCUCAGUUUCAGUAUGAUCGGCGGCGACCACCGCUUGGCUAACUACAGAUCCAUCACCACACUUCACCAAUCGUCGGCCGAGGGCGGAAAUAAGACCGUCGUCGUGGAGUCGUACGCCGUCGAUACUCCACCGGGAAAUACGAAAGAUGAGACCAUGGUGUUUGUGGAUACCAUUCUGCGCUGCAAUCUGCAGUCAUUGGCUCAACUGGCGGAGAAUUUGCAUAAACGCAAUAAUCAAUCUCCCCCAUAAUUAAGCUAACUUCACUAAUUUAAACAUUCACUAUAUAUAUUCCUCUGUUUCUCUAUUUCUUCAAUCUUUUUUUGGGCUUAAUUGUGUAGAAAUCUUCAUGGGGUACCCAAAUACCUUCCGAUCUGUUAGCAUGAAUUAAUAUUUAGAAAUUUGUUUCUGUUUUGUUCCGAAAUAGCAAGUGUUGAUAAUCAGUUUGAUAUCAAUAUUAUUUUAUUACAAAAA